AUGGCAGAGUCUUCCGGAUUACCACCAUCUUUAUCUCUGUUGACCACUUUACACCCCCCCGCUUCUGGACCGACAAGAUCAUGGCAAUCAGUGCCGCAUCCCGAUCCCUCCACACCACUCCUCGCAACAGCCUCUGCCGAUAAAACAGUCCAUGUCUGGAGUUUGCGUGACUUCUCUCGAGUUUCUACGAUAAGCGGAGGCCAUAAACGGAGCGUGAGAGCCGUGGCGUGGAAGGACUUUGGCACAAGAAGUAAACGCGCAAAGAAGGACAGAAAGCCUGUCGUCUUGGGAACAGGGAGCUUCGACGCCAAUGUGGGUAUCUGGGUGUGGAAUGACGAUCGGCGGUGGGCGAGGUUCCGAAAUCAGGAUAACAACUCUGAAGAAGAUGGCGCACAGAGGCAAGACGCCAGUGACGAGAUCGAUCUCACCAGAGAUGCGGCUGUCGACGACGAAGAGGAUGAGGAGUGGCAUUUCUCGACGCUCCUGACCGGGCCAGACUCAGAGAUCAAAUCCAUCGACUUCUCUCCGCCGCAUUACCCUGCGAAUCUGCUAGCUACGAGUUCACGAGACAAAUCGGUGUGGAUUUGGGAAGAGGUCGAGCCCGAGGAGUGGGAGACCAUAGCUGUCCUUAGCGAGCACACGGGCGAUGUCAAGUGUGUGAGUUGGUGUGCGGGCGCGCGCAAGAGCGACGGGGACUCUCACGCCAGGAAAGCCAAGAGACGAAAAUUGGAAAAUGCGACCGGAGCUGCAAGCGACGGUGAUGUCGAGAUGGAGAAUGCCCAAGCUCAAGCCAAUGGCACUACCACGACCCCAUCUCAGGACGAAGAGGACCAGCACAACUCGGCUGACGAGAUAUUGGGCUCUCGCAAUAUCCUCGCCAGUGGAUCCUACGACGACACGAUCCGACUGUGGCGCGAUGUCGAGGAAGAGGGCGACUGGAUCUGCGUCGGAGUCAUUGACGGCCACAGAGGGACUGUCUGGGACUUGACUUGGGAAGGACAUAUCAAUUACUCGGUUUUGGAUCUCUCACGGUCCCCAGGCCAGGAGGACACAGCAAUCGCCCAGUUCGAAUCCGACUGGUCCCCACGCAUCGUCUCGUGCUCAGACGAUUUGAGCGUGCGCGUCUGGCGUCGUGAACUCAGCGAGGCUGAAAAGCGGAAACGUGCUCAAUCACGGCCUUUGGCGGCGGCUCCAAUGGGCUUCGCGAGCUCCCGACUCCCCAGCGUCAUCAGACCGCAGAGCGCCAUGGAACGCUGGGUCGAAGAUGCCACUCUUCCCCCAGUCCACGUCCGCAGCAUCUAUGCUGUCGACUGGUCGAGACGGACAGGACUCGUCGUCAGUUGCGGUGGCGAUGGCGCAAUUGCCGUGUACAAAGAAGUCGCGGCUGUAAAUGAGAGCGUCACGAGCCUUUCAGUCGAUGCCGAUGUCGUCAUGAACGGCACCACACCCCAGACCAGGUCUGAGGAAGACGAUACUGGUAUCUACAAAUUGCACAAAUCGAAAUGGACACUUGUAGCACUCGUGCAGGCCGCGCACGACGAAUACGAAAUCAACCAUGUCUGCUGGGCGGCCAGGAGGGAUAAAGACCGUCGCUUUGACGGGGAGGAAGUCAUUAUAUCGACGGGGGAUGAUGGCGAUGUUAGGGUCUGGACACUCUCUGAGGACAUAGCUGGCUUGGAAACCGGGGAUUGGCAUGAGAUAUUUCAGAGAUGA